AUGUACGGAUACCGACCUGCACGAUCCUUUUCCAAACGAGCAACCCGCUCCAAGUACGUCUAUUCCUCCCUCUUCCCUACACCACACUUCAACUACCGCUUCCUCAUUGCACCCAUUCUGAGACUCACCCUCCAGGAUAUCCCGAGCGAGAAGGGCAUACUUUAUCCCGAAGCUCGAUCCAUCCUGCAAGACGGCGAGUUUGGUCGCAUCGACCCCACCGGCUGGUACACACACUAUAAGACCUGUUUGCAACAUUUUGUCAAAUCCAGCCAGUUCAAUUCGAAUCUUCGGUCCAUUGCAGCCUUUAUCAACAUCCGUCUACCAGCUCAACAUUCCGUCCACCCGAACAGUCCACAAGCUGCCGCCUCCUUUAUCUCUCUCCGUCCUUACGUGCGGCGAUUAAUUUUCACCGCUCAGGACACGCCUAUCCAUAUGCGUACGUUCUUUGGUCCAGACUGGGAAGCGGGAGUUGGCUGUAUUUACAAACAAGAGCGCAUUAAUUACCUUUUCGCGGCAAAGAGUGGUGGUUGGGCGAAGACUAAGGCUUCUUACGAUAUCCUGCCCGACGAACAGACCCCAUUCUUGCGCCCUCUGCGUGAUCCCUCUGAGGAUGAAAUCCGCGCCGCGGAGGCCCGGUGGAGUGAGUGGCUAGCAAUGGAAGAUUGGAUGGUGGGGGUACGCAGUCCCUGGUAA